AUGGGCCAUGACUUUAUGCAUUUGAAAUCAAACGUAUUCGAAGCCAGCCAUGACCGCCAAAGAAGGGAGGGGAGGGAAGGGAGGUUUGAUCCUUACCAGGAAACUUUAAUGAGAUAUCCCAAUUUCUUGCUUCGGGGUACGACAAGCUGUUUCUUGGUUCUCGAAGGCGGGUUUGGGAACCAGGACCGACGGGACAGGCCCACAUUUGUUGCGGGCGCGCUUUUCGCCAUCCUCACUCAUUGGGAUCCAAGUCCCGGGGACGAUUUGAUAUGUGGCGAAUUUUGUAGUUGA